AUGAAUAAUUCCUAUGAACCACCUCCUACCAUGUCAUCGGGGGCUCUUAGGAGCUUGAAAACUGACUAUCCUGAAGAAGUUCAACCCACGGUGGCCGGUGUAUAUGGAACAGAGGCACCUGCUCCGAUCUAUCCCGCAGAAUUUAUCAGCUCUCAGCAGCAGAUCCAGGCAGUUGGUCAACGCGGGUUGGCGCCUUUUGAAGUUGUCAUCCAACCUCCACAAGAAGCAGCUGUACGUGUCCUGAUUCAGUCGAGUAAUCAACUUAGUGCAAAUGACAACCGUGAGUCGGUUGAAACCGAUGGCGCUGCCGCCGGUAGUCUUUCAGGCUUUGUGCACAAGAACAACUCUGCAUACGGCAUCGUCGUCGAUCCCUAUAGUAAUGGAGAAGGGCCGGGUUUCUCAGGCUUUGCUGAACGGGAAAGAUCCAACAACGGGACAUCCACUGUUAUUACGCAGGUUGAUACGAAUUACGGACACAGUAUGACUGGAAACAAUUUCAGGAAUGCAUACAAGCAACUUAAUUUGCUUUAUACUAAUGAUGAGCCCCUGGUUGAUGAUGAGUAA